AGUUGACUGUUGACAAACGUGACCAAUGCAUAUCUCUGUCCCAUUUGCAGUUUCGUCAUCAGAUGGAAUAAAAUGUAAUUUAACGGGAUUUUGUCGACGUUGUGAGGCCGCAGCUGGAUUCUACAUGAAGUUGUGAAUCCGGUCUAAACGAAACCAUGCUGAAAUGGCUUUCCGGUGAAGAGGGAGAGCCUGGCCCUGGAGGCCCAGGCUCUCCCCAUGUUGCUGCUGCUGCUGCUGGUGGUGGAGAGGCUGCUGCAGAAGAAAUGGCAGACCGGCUCACCCAAACUGAGCUGCUUGUCACUCAGCUGAAGGAGAUGAUUCGGGAGAAGGAUGCAACACUUCGUGCCAAAGAUGACCAACUGAAGGUGGAGAAAGAGACAUGUGAGUCCAAAUUGUCAAAGCUGCGUCUGCAGAACAAAGCCAAGGUGACCUCCCUCACUGCACAGCUGGAGGAGCUGAAGAAACAACAGGGAGGUCAGGGCACGCCAACACACAGCAAAAAGGGGCCAUCAGAAGGAGGAGGGGAUCAAGCCAGUCGAGGCAAGAUUGUCUUACUAAAGAAGAAGGUUGAGGAACUAGAGCAGCAGCUUGCACAAAGACAAGAGGAACUGGAAAACAAGAGGAUGGAGGUCGAGUCACAGCGGCAGCGGGGUGAAGAAAUGGACGCCAUGCUGACAGAGAGGGACAGGAAACUGGCAGAAAAAGAGGCAUAUAUUGUUCACCUGCAAACAGCACAAGCAGGAGAUCAGCCCAUCACAUCUGCACCACAACAAAAGGAAGCAGAGGACAGUGGAGCAAUGCAGGAUCUGCAGCUGCUGGUGCAGAGCCUAAACAAGAAGGUGGGAGAAGCAGAUGAGCGCUACAGUUUGCUGCAGGAGCAGACGGACAGCCUCAAAGAGCUGUUGGCCACAGAGAAGGAGCAGUACACUCAAAAGGAGAGCAUGUACAAACAGAAUAUCCAGACAUUCAAAGACAUUAUUAUUCAGAAAGAUAACCAACUGAUGGAGAUCAAUCAGAUGCAUGAACAAGAGCUCUUCAAGCUAGCAGCAAAGUCUGAUGCCAGCGCAGACUUAGAGCAGCUUUUGAAGGCUCUAAAACAGAAGCUUCAUGAGAAGGAGGAAGUGCUGCUGGGUAAAGCACAGGUCAUUGAUGUUCUGCAGGGAGAGGUAGAUGGCAGGGACCAACAGAUAAAGGAGCUUACAGAGCGGCUGCGUCGGCUACAAGUAGAACGAGAGAGCCUGGAAUCCAAGAUGGAGGCAGAGAAGCAUGUGAUGCGGGCACAACUUCGCGACCUGAUGGAAAAGCAGCAAGCGGAGGUGCAGCGAAUGGCUGAGCAGCAUCAGGCACAGAUGGCCCAAAUACAGCAGGAUCUCCUGGGGCAGCUGGAGGAGCUGAGGAAGGCCUCGGUAGCAGAACCACCUCCCAGUCAGGAGGUCUCAGGAAGUGGAAUUAUACCUGCAGAUUCAGCCUACAUCCAACGGAUAGCUGAGCUGGAAGCCCAAGCAAAGCAAAAAACAGACGAGGCCAGCAGAUCAGAGGCCAAAUUCCUGAAAAUGAAAGCCUGGUCGAAAUCUCGGAUUAGACAAUUGGAGGAGGAGCUGAAGAAAAGCCAGGCUGGAGUUGCCCUCCCAGACCUGACUGCCCUGCAGAGUCGUAUCACAGCACUGGAGGAGGAGAGGGAGGAAAAUCUGUGGAAAUUAGAGCAAUUUGAGGAGCUCAAAGCAAAGAACGAAAUGCUGGAGGCUAAGCUGGUGGUAUAUGAGGAGCAACAGAGGACACUACAGGCAGACCUAGAGCAGUUCACCAAGAGGGCUGCCUCUCAGGCAAGCGAGUCCGGCAGUGCUGAUGACACCCAGAGCCAGGUGCUGGAGUGGCAGGAGAUGGUAGCUGAGGCAGUGAGCGCCAGGGACCGCGCCAAGGAGGAGAAGGCUGCCAUGGCCCUCCGCAUCAGCCACAUGGAGGAGGAAAGAGAGGAACUGAUUGAGGAUGACUGGUUCUUUCCUGGCUGCUCCGAUCCAGCACUGGCCACUCGGCAGCAGGAGUUGGAGGAGGAGCUGGCUCAAGCUCAGGGGCUCGGUCACCACAGGGCCAAGAAGCCGGCAGCUCCAGCCCAACGAAGCCUGCAGGAGGACUUUGAAUUUGAUGGGCAGACCUCAUUCCAGAACCCACGGAGCGCCUCUGAGAGCACAACCCCGAUGGAGGGAGAGAAUAUGGGAGGUUGGUGGCCAGAGUACAGUACUCCUGAUACAGAUGGAUUGCGGUCUGUUGUAGAGGAGCUGGAGCUGGAGAGGAACCAACUGCAGGAGCAGAUACUGAGCCUAGAGGAACGCUGUCAGGAUCUGGAGGAUCGACUGCAGCUGCAGGCCCGCAUAGAGGCAUUGCAGGUGACGUUUGAUGUAGAUGAAGAAGAGCAGCCAUUUUGGGUCUCUCAGAAUGAGUCAGACAAACUACAGAGCCAACUUGCCAGCGUCCGAAGUCAACAGAGCAGAGAUGCAGAGAAGCAUCAGCUGCUUGUUAGCAGUCUCAAUGAACAGCUCAAAGGGUUGAGUAACACACAAGAAUGCCUGGAAAGCUCACUCAUUGAAAAGGAGAAUACAUUGGCCAAGACGUCUGAGAAACUUGAGCUCAUCAGCAGCCUCAGAGAAUCCCUGAGUGAAAAAGAAAUUCAGUACAAAGAGGUGUCUGAUAAGCUCCUUCAGACUGAACACACUCUUGAGAAUGUUUCCAAGAAAUUUAGCGGCUCAGAGAAACAGUGCGCUGAGUUGAAAUCAGAAGUUGUUGACCUCACACAGAAGCUGAAUGUGCUGAAGGACAAGGCACAAAAGCAGGAAGUCACCAUAGAAACUUUACAAACUGAGCUGGAUCAGACAAACGAGGAGCUGGACAAAUUAAAUUCUGCCCACCUGGAAGAACGAGCCCAACUCAUCCAUGACCUUCAAAGCUGCGAGCGGGAAAUUGAUAGACUUAAAGAUGUACUGUUGGAAAAGGAAGAGGAGAUUUCAAACCUAUCUGGUAACAUGGCGGAGUAUGCAGAGCAGGUCACAGUACUGAAGCACGAGAUUAAACUCAAAGAAGAGAACCUGGUUCAUGUAGAAAAUGCACUGAGUAAGGCAGAGCGGGAGGCCAAGAUUAUCAGAGACUCCCAGACUUCAGACCAGCAAGCCCUGGAUAGGAAGAUCACAGAGCUGGUCGAGAAACUCAAGGAUACAGAGAUGGAGUUGGUCAAAACCAAAGAGGAAAGAGAGUCUAAAGGGGCUGAGUUGGAACAUCUGAUAAAGCAGGCUGAAGAGGACAAGAAAACCAUUCAGGACCUGCGGGGGGAGAUUCAGAAACAGAUUAUGAGCCAUCAUAAUCAUCUUUCCGAAUGUGAAACACAUGUCACUUCACUAAAGGAACAGCUGAUGUUAUCCACCCAAAAGCUGCAGGAGUCAGAAGAACUUCUUUUACAGCUCAAGGACAAAAAUACCAGCAAUGAGCAGCUACAGCAACAGCUCAGUGAUAAAGAACAGCUGUAUGAAAAACAACUAAAAUCAUUCAAGGAUGAACAGAACAAACUCUUGGCACAGGUGGAAAAACACAGUAAUGAAAGGCGGACAUUGUCCAAACAAUUAGAAGAGCAAGUACGGAGUGAGGAGCACAUCAAAAAGGAGAUACAAGAGAAACUGGAAACCAUAGCAUCACUGGAAAACCAACUUAAGGCAACUGAUAAACAGGCCAAAGACGAGAGGCAGAAAUUCAACACUGAAUUGCAAGUCAGGCAUUCAGAAAAUGAGAAAUUAAGCAGUGAACUUCAAAGUAAAUCUGAAAAUAUCUCCAAACUCAAGAAUCUAUUAAAAAGCAUGAAGACAGAGAAAAAACAGCUGCAAGAAAAACACAAAGAGCUGACAGAGGAACUUGAGCUACAGAAGCAGAAUGUUGAUAAACUUAGUAAAAAGGUUACAUCUGCUCUUGAACUCAACCACAGUCUUGAGAAUCAAGUAGAUUGCCUCACAAAAGAGAAAGAGAGACUUGAACUGGAAGCAACUAAAAGCGCAAGAACUAUUGCAGAAGUUACAUUUGAAAAAGAUUCCUUGCAAGCCAAAAUGUCCAUAUUGGAAAAGCAGCAUUCACAAAACAACAACAUCAUUGAAGGGCUCCAAAGAGAUAAAGAGAAUUUGACUCUUCAAACUAAUGAGUUAAACAAAGUUCUUGAGCAAAGCACUCAUUCAAACUCAGAGAUUUUACUGACAAAAACAAAUGAAUGUAGUAAUCUCAGCCAGUUACUACGAGAGAGGGAGGAGAAGGUGACACAACUGCAGGAACAAGUGCAAAGCUUGACUUCUAAGGUAGACCAGUUCCAGCAUGACAUGGCAGAAAAAGAACAGACUGUCAGUGAUCAUCGAACACAGAUAGAGGCCCAAACAAUACAGCUAACGCAACUUCAGGAGACGCUGUCUCUGCUGCGAGAACAGGAAUGCAGUCUCAAGUCUGGCUUACUGGAGAAGGAUACAAUGUUGAAAGAGAAGCAGAAAGAGUACCACAGUUUGCAGAACGAAGUGACACACCAGAAAAAUAUUGUAUCCAAGCUACAAGCAGAAGCUGAAUCACUUGGUAAAGAACACUCACAACUAUGCCAGCAAAUUGAGGAGAGAGAAGAAAUAUUGAAAAAUAUGACCCAACUGUGUCAGAAACACAAAGAAGAAUUGAAUGAUACAAACCAGACUGUUACGUCUCUCAGUGAGCAAAUCCGUGUCAUGGAAGAAAAUGCCAGAAAGUUUGAGUCUGAAGCAGAGCUGAGGCAAACAGAGCUGGCUAGCUUAAACAGCCACAUCAAGAUAAUGACUGAGGAACACCAGCAACUCCGUGCUGCUUUUGGAUCCAGAGAAAAGGAGCUUGCUCAGCAAACGCAGGUUCUGUCUGAACUUAAUGGAAAGCUUAAAGCAACUCAAGAACAGAACUCAAGUUUUAGCAUGAAGAUUAGCAGUCUAACAGAAAACAAUCAGAGACUGCAAGAGGAGUUAACACAGAACAGCCAAUCAGUUUCUGAACUAACCACUGAGAGGAGUUUACUCCAAGAACACAAUUCUGGCCUUGAAAUUCAAAUCUCAGAGAAUCGGAGAACGAUUGACAGUCUGUUGAAGGAAAAGGAGAAGCUCAUUAUCGCAGAAGAUGAAUUAAAAAAGAUGCUCAAGGAAAGCAAGCAGUCACUUUCUGAAGGUUUGCUUGAGAAAACAAGUGAAUGUACUAAUCUGUUUAAAAUGUUAAGGGAGAGAGAAGAACAAAUUCAAAGUCUACAGGAGCAGGUUGACGGCUUCGAAAAGCAAGUUAGUCAACUCAACGCGUUGUUGAAUGAGAAAGGACAAACAGUCUCACAGCAGAGUUCACAGUUGGAAGCUCAGCAGAACCAACUCCUGCAACUUCAGGAUACUGUAUCUAUGCUUCAGGAACAAGGAUCCGUCCUCAAGUCAGGGCUAAUGGAGAAAGACACAAUGGUUAAGCAGAGAGCAGAGGAGUGUAGCCUUUACCAAGAAGAAGUUGUGCAACAAAAAGCCCUCGUAUCACAGAUGCAGGGUGAGAUAGAGUCACUCAGAAAAGAGUGCUUGGAGGCAAAACAGCAGAUAGAACAAAAAGAACAGACAUUGAAAGAAGUAACAAACGAGUUUCAAAACCACAAAGAGGAGCUGAAUAAACGGAAUGAGUCAGUGAUCUCACUUAGUACUCAGCUUGGUGCCAUGAGCAAAAACGCUGCAGAGACGGAGGUUGAAAUUACCAACCUUAAGUCCGCUGUGCAAAAACUCACUGCAGAACAUUGUCAGCUGUCACAGAAGGAGGACCAGAGGAAAGCAGAGAUCACUGAUUUUCAAGAUAACAUUCAAGCACUGAAUGAGCAGAAUACAAGAAUAAAAUCUGAACUUCAAAAAACUGUGACAGAGCUGACCAAAGCACAAGAAGAGGUCACGCACCUUCAAACAGCAGUCUCUGAUGGGGAAAACAAACUUAAAACUGCCGUCUCAGAGAAUGAGAGGCUUAAUUUGACUGUGCAAGGAAAAGAUGAGUCUCUGAAACAGCAGGAGAAUUUAAUCCAGCAACUCAAUGGCAGGAUUACUGACCAGGAGAUGCAGCUCAAACAGAAAGCAAAUGACAAUGAUAGUUUAAGUGCAAAAAUUUCAGAGCUUGAAGAUUCUGUCUGUAAACACAGAGGGCAAGUUAACAGUCUUUCUUCUGAGUCAUCCAUGCUGAAAAAUGCUUUAGAGAAAAAGGAACAGUCAAGUCUUGAAUUUCAAAAUCAUUCUUCAGCUGCUGUUGAAAGUCUCAAUUCAAAUCUACAAGCCAAAGAGGCUGAGUGUGAGAGCUUAAAAGAACAGACUUCACACCUUGAAGAAUCAGUCAGAAAGCUCAACAGCACCCUCCAAGUGCAGAUAUCUGAGGUGGAAUGUUUGAAAAAGGCUUUGGAAGAAAAAGAGUUAGCUCUUUCAGACCAAUCAAAGUCUCUCCAGGAUAUUCAGAGAAGAGCAGAUGAGGCUUUGCUCUUCAAAACUCAGUUCAUGGAGAGCACAGAGUUGGUGUCACAGCUACAGAGUCAUAUUCAGGUACUGUCUACUGAGUCUGGAAACCUCAAAAAGUCAGCAGAGGAAACAAAAGGUGCCCUGAACAACCUACAAGAGAAAUAUGCAGCUAACUUAGAGGAGCUACAAGAUGUGAGACAGCAGUUGUCCAAAAGAAGUGGUGAAGUGUGCAACCUUCAGAAGUCAUUGGAAGACAUCAAUAAUGAACAUCAGGUGGCAAAGACCAUGAUAGAAACACUGAGAAAUGAAUUGUCUGCAUUCCAUCACAAACUUGAGAAGACAGAGGACCUCAACUCCAGUCUUUCAAAGGAAAAGGACGAAGCUUUUGCUUCUCAUCAAGCAAGCGUGUCACUGCUUACUGUUGAAAUAGAAAGACUCAAAUCACAACAUCUUCAAGUUGUGGCACAGAUGGAUGCACUGACAGAAAACCUUGAACAGAGAGAAAUGGCUCUCCACGCAAUUAACAGCCAGUACACAUCCCAGGCCAAACACACAGCCCAGCUGGUUUCAGAAAUGCAGAAACUAGAGCAGCAAAAUAAGAGACUAAAUGAGGAGGUUAGUUUGUCAAAGGAAGAGCACCAGAAGCUUCUUUCUGUGCUCAGUAAUGAAAACACACAUUUACAAGAGGAAGUUAGAAAACAUCUUGCAGAGAGGGAAGAGCUGGAAAGGAAGCAUCAUCAAAUAUGGGCAUCGCAGGGGGAGCUGCAGGUUCAAAUGGAGCAGCAGUCCAGCAGCAUGAAUGAAAUAAUGGAGAAAAUGAUGUCGGAGAAGGAGGGCCUUCAAGCAAAGGUUAGUGCCAAAGAUGAAGAGGUUUCUCUAUUAAAAGAAAACAUUCAAAAGAUAGAGCAAAUUCUGCAGGAUUCUGAGAAAGAGUGGUUGUUAGUCCUGGAUAGAGAAAAACAGGAUAAGAAUUUACUUGCAGAGCAACUGAGAAGUGUUGAAAAUGAAAUGAAGUCUAAAGAUGUUAAGGUUAGUGCUUUGAAAGGAGACCUGGAUAGUUUGCAGGAGAAACUAGUAGAGGCUUCCUCUGCAAUUAGGCAGGGGUCUGAUCAACUGAGCACGAAAGAGUUGGAGGCAUCAGCAGCAAGGAUUCAACUUCAGAAGGUAUUAGCAUCUGUCCAGAAAAAGGAUAAUGACAACUAUGAUUUGCAACAGGCUUUAAAAGCUGCAGAACUUGAGUUACAAAAACUUCUAGGAAGAAAAAAUGGCACUGACAAAGAUUCCUUUGUCUCACCACCAACCCCAUCUGAGAGAUCAGCUACUGGAAAGAAAGAAAAGACCUCAUUGCAGGACAUGAUAAAACAAUUACAAGAAAGUCAUCGGUUUGAGGUAGAUGCUUUGAAAAAUGAGUUGGAUAAAACUAUCACACAGUUACAAAAAACACAGACUACACUUAAUGAAAGCGAGAGGAGGAGUGAAGAGAGGGGUCAACAAAUAGCUUUGUUGCAGGAGAUGGUAGAGCAUCUACAGACUCAGCUCAGUGCUGAGUUAGAGAAAGAGAAAGAAGCUACUGUCAAACACUCUUCUUUAUACAGAGAGUCACAAGCAAAAGAUGACCAAAUCAGUUGUAUGAGUAUUCAGAUAAGUCAGCAGAAGGAAUUACUUGCUGGACUUAGUCAGCAGUUAAGGGAUAAGGAUGCAUCCAUUGCUCAAGUCAUGGAAUCUGCCUCAAAUGAAAGAAUGAAACUGGGUGAGGAAAAAGCAUCACUAACAGCACAGUUAGAAAGCAUGGCGGAAGAACACAAAACCUCCAUGACGAGGCUUGAAGAAAUUUCUCAGCAGUUAGAGGAAUGUAUUUCAUGCUCUCAAAGUGAAAUUGAGACCAAGAAUUCAGAGAAACUUCAGCUGAUUAAAGAAAAUGAUGAUCUGAAGAAUGAACUAGCCAAGGUGUCUAAAGAAAAAGAUGCAAUGAAGAAAAAGCUUCAAGCUGCUCUCGUUGUAAGAAAGGAUUUGUUGAAAAAAAUUGAGCAGUAUGAAAACCAAAAAGAAGAGAGUGCAAAUAGUAAAAGUGAGGUUUCACUUUUACAGGAUAAAUUACAGGAAGUAACUAAUCAAGCUCAGGCCACUGCAAAAAUGUACGAAGAAACUGUUGCUCUUCUCGAAAAGAAAAUUCUUGAGAAAGAAGGAGAGAUCCUUGAUCGCAAAACAGAAAGUGAAAGACUUGUCAAACAAUUACAGUCAGAAAAACAUAUUUUGCAAGUCUCAAUCAAUGAGAAAGAAGUGUGUUUGUCAGAAACUUUGCAAACACUGACUGAGAAAAGCUCUGUUAUGGAGCAGCUGCAGUCCAGUGCUGCUGAGGGAGAAGAAGCAUUUGAGCGAGAAAGAACCCUCUGGGCGCAGAAAUUAGAAGAGCUUCAAAAUGAAAUCAAGACAUGUAAAGAUGAAUUAAAGGACAAAUCUUCUUCCACAGCUACCGCUGUUGAUUUGGACAAUGAGCUUGCGCAGAUGAAGCUUGAAAAGGCGACGCUACAGAAAAAGGCCCAGGCUGCCCUGCUGGCACGUAAAGAGACACUGAAGAAAGCUCAAGAAAGUGAAAAGAAAUUAACUCAAGAACUUUCUGAGCUGAAAGUUGACUACAAGGCUCUCUUGGAACAACGCUGUCAGCAGACAAACGAGCUAAACGCCGUCCAAUUACGCUUUGACGAGAAAGUCAGGGAACUGGAGGACCUUCGUAAAAGCUCUGUAUCUGAUCAAGAUGAACUGGACACUUUAAGACAGCUUGUGGAGGAGAGGGAUACAACUCUACAAGAUUUGAAGAUGUCUCUGGCUGAGAAAGAAAGCCAGUGUCAUUCUCUAUUAAACUUGCAGACAGAGCUAGAAAAUGUUAAAUCCAAAUUUGAGAGCAUGUCUCUUGAGAUGGCAAGUAAAGAUGAGGCUCUGGUAGUCAUGGAGCAAAGAGCAAAAGAUUUGAAAUCAACACUUCACGAGGUAAAGAAUGACUUAAAGAAGAGCCAUGCAGAAGUAAAAGAAAAAACAGAACAGGUUGAGAAAUAUCAGGAAACAAUUAAAGUUGCUGAGCUAAAGAUGCAACAAGAGAAGCAAGCUUUAUUUAAUAAAAACAGAGUUUUGGAGUCCCAGCUGAGCAUCUCUGAGGAACACAUGCAUGCAAGUAAAGAAAAAUAUCAACAUUUGAUGGAAGAAAACAAGGCUCUUUUGGAAAAAAAUGAUAAGAUGAAAGUGGAACUUGAGACAGCAGCUGCCUUAGCUUCACAGAAAUCCUUGGAAGUUUCAACUAUCCAAAAGAUUUUGGCAGAAACCCAGCAGAAGCUCAGUGAUGACAAAGGUGUUUUGACUGAAGCGCUUGAAAAAGCACAAUGGCAUUGUACUGAAAAACAAAGGAAUUUGGAUUUGUUGAAGCAAGAAAAAGAAAAUGCUUUCAGAUUAAUCGAUGAACUCAGUGAAGAGGUAACUACUUUAAAUAAGCAACUUAAAGAGAAAGUAAAUGAGCAGCUACAUCAACAAAACCCUGAAAUGUGCAUCAAACAGAAAGAUGUUAACAAAGAAUCCAUCUGUCUUUCUUGUAAAUGCGCUGAAAACUUUGAAAGGGAACUAAAAGAGAGAGAUGAUGCCUUGUUAGUUUCUCAGGCUCAAAUUUCAGAAAAGGAAGACCUUAUUGCUGCACUUGAACAGCAGUUACAGCAGCAAAUUAAAAUACAUGAAACUACCAUUGAAAACAUGAGAACAGAGGCUGAUGAGCUUCAGAAAUCUCAAGAUGAUGGCACCAAAAUGAAUAAUCAGGACAACCAAAGAAAAAUUGCUCUCCUAACCAGGAAACUUCAAGCAGCUUUAGUUUCUAGGAAAGAACUCUUAAAGGAAAAUGCAACACUCAAAGACAAAGUAGAAAAGCUGUCAGCCAAACAUGAAGCUAAAGAAGCUGAAUACUUAACUCUGGAAUCAUCAGUGCUGAAGCUGAGGCAGCAAAAUAUGGACCUGGAGAGCACCGUAUCAUCUCUGAACAAGGAGAAAGACAAACUCAGCAAUGAAGUUGAUGGCAUCGCUAAUGAUAAUUGCAACCUAUCAGCAGCCUGUGAAAGCUUGAAACUAACCAUAGAAAACAUCACCCAGCAGAAACAAGCUUUCUCCUGCCAGCUUGAAUCUCUUAAAGACUCUCAAACAGAGGAGCUGUCCAAGUGGAAGUCAAAGCACGCUGAGCUGAAACAAGAGUAUGAGUCCCUUUUACAAGCUUAUGAAAAUGUUAGCAGUGAAAUGGAUAAGAUGAGACAGCUUUUAGAGGGGGCUAAAAGAGAUAGGCAGGAAGCCCUUAGAAAAAUCCACAAACAUGAGACUGAGAUGGAGAUUCUGGAGAAACAAGCAAGAGAGAUGGAUGAAGAAAACAGAAGAAUUAAAGAGAAGAUGCACCAAUUUUCCAAAGAGAAACAGCAAAAGAUUGAGGAGCUGGAGGAAGAGAAUCAGAAAAUUAGGAAAGAGCUGACUGAGCUUGAGGAAAACCACAAAAUGGCAAUGUGUGAGCUUACUGAUAAAGAUCAAGAAUUGGAGGCAGAGAUUUCCAGACUUAAAGGGUCAUCAGAGGACCUCCAGGAGAAGCUUGCUGAAUUGGAGGUUGAAAAUACCCAACUGACAGAAAAGCAUAAAGACAUUAGCCGUUUGUUGGAAGAGAAGUACUCAGAAUCGAAUAUUUAUACAAAUAACAUGCAGCUUAAACUCGAUGAAGCACUCCUUUUGAAUAAUUCACUAACUGCCCAGAUUGAGGCCCAGAAAACAGAACUCUGUGUUCAGUUGGAAAUCAACAAUUUGUUACAAAAGGAGAAGCAAAAUCUUUCUGAAAGAAUUCAGAAGAUGCAGAAUGAUCAUGAAUUACAGUUGGGAAAGAAAGUGGAUGACAUUAAAGAGCUCAAAGACAUAAUUAAUAGACACAGCCAGGAAACCAUUAGCCUUAAUGAGAAGGUGAAAAUCUUGGAGGAUGAUAAGUCUCUUCUGCAGGAAGAGCUUGAAAAUGUUCAAGAAAUUUCAUACAAAGUGAAAAAUGAAAAUGAAUAUUUGGAAACUGUGAUCCUCAAAAACUCUGAAAGGAUUGACGAAUUGACUGAGUCUGUCUCUGAUUUGCAAACCCAAAACAAGCAGCUGUCCUCUCAGCUGACAGCCAGUAAAGAGAUGAGUUGUCAAGUUCGUCAAGAAAAAGAGGAGGAGCAGCUCAAAUUAGUCAGAGAGUUUGAGGAGAAGCUCAAGACGGUCCAGAGAGGCAGUGAGGGCUCCAAGAAUGUGAAGAAAGAACUGCAGGAGCUACUGAAAGAAAAGCAUCAGGAGAUAAAUCAGCUGCAGCAAAACUGCAUAAAAUACCAGGAACUGAUUUUAGAUUUAGAGGGCUCUUUGAAGACCUCGCGGUCCACCUGCGAACACUUAGAGAAAGAAUUGAAGAAAACCUCAGAGAAAAUGUCUGUUUUAGAGGAUAGAAGUAAACUAGUUGAAGCUGAGCUGGUAACACACAAGAAUCUCCUUCAGCAGGCCACAGAAAAGAUCUCUAUUGUUGAGUCUGAAAGAGACCAGCUGGCUCUGGAAAUAUCUCAGGAAAGUAAAAAGUCUGAGGAUCAGGUCAUGGAGAAACCACAAUCGCCCCAAAAUAUAGAUGAGAGGCAAUUCAAUUCUUAUAUGGAGAAUCAGUUUAUGUUACAGCAACAGGUAGAUGAUCUUAAGGCCCUUAAAGAUAAAGAAAGUCAAAAAGUGAGUGAACUGAGGCAGCACCUGGACUCUCAAGAUCUACAGAUAAAUACUCUAAGAAGAGCAGCUGAGACUAAUGAGGCAAAGCUGUCUGCUUUAUCUGCCACUCCUCAAGGUGCAGAUGCUUCCAAACUUUGGAAUGAUUUGUACCAAAAGACAUUACAUGAGAAGGAUAAUCAGCUCCUCGAACAGGGUUUUAUGAUCAAACGAUUCCUGGAAGACAUGAGAGUGAAAGAUAAAGAGGUGAAUGAACUACGAGUGACCAAGUCAAGACUGGAGAGGACUCUUAAUGAAUACUCUGUCGCUGCUGCUGCACAGCAGAGACAGCUGUUUGUCAUGAGCGCUAGCAAUGCUGAACUUAAUGAGACCAUGGAGCUUAUGACUGUGCAGGUAAAAGAACUCAGUGCUCACGCUGAAAGAAUGGAACAAGAUAAAAUCGCACUGACCCGACAGCUUGCUGACAAAGAGGAUGUGAUUUCCCAAAUGCAGCUAAAUCUCCAGCAGAUAGAGAAGAUAUAUGCGGACUUAGAUGCUCAGCUGCUCCUUUUACAGUCUCAAAAUGACAAAGUUCAAGCCGACUUUGAGAAGCAGGAGGGAAUUUCUCUGCAACUGAAAACACUCCUCCAGGGCAAAGAUGCUGAGAUCUCAUCUUUGCUGUCCUGUAGAGAUGGGCAGAUGUCAGGAUAUCUAGAGCAACUCCAGGCUAAUUACCGCACCCAGGUAGCAGUGUAUGAGGACAGGUUGACAUCAUCACGCUACCAGAGAGAAAAGGCUGACAAAGAGUUAAGAGGCCUUGAAGCAAAGGUCAAAAGUCUGCAAAUUACAGUUAACAGGUCUGCCCAGGAAAAGGAGCAGAUGGCUGCUAUGAUGGAAUCACUCAAGAGCUCAAUGGUGUCUUUACAGAGUGAACGGGAGCGACUGAUGUCAGAAUACAGAAUACUUGAAGCAAAGAGUCAGUUAGGGAUAAAGGGUAAAGAGGGCUCUGCUGAUGGGGAAGGUGGUGCCACCAAAGGCCUUAAACAUGAAAUAAGGAAACUGUUGCAUCAAAUGGAUGAUCUCAAUUCAGAGAACGCUAUGCUCAGGGCACAGCUGGUUCGCUACAGAGAGGAUUUGAAUCAGGUUUUGUUCCUGAAGGACAACCAGUUGAAGGUGCUGCUGAAGAAGCAGCAGGAUGUGAUCAAAAACCUAGAAAACCAAAAGGCUGCAGCUGAAAAGCAAUACCGAGAGUCCCAGUUGGAACUUCAAAAGGAAGAAGAGGUGAGCAAUACUUUAAAAGCAGAGAUGUCUAAACUCAAAGCUCAGGUUUCAACCCUGGAGGCUGAUGUAAUAACUCUGAAAAAGGAAAGAGCCGUGACAAAUGAAGGCAAAGUGAUUACCGAUUUGCAGGAAGCUGUGGCAGCCAAAGCAGCUGAAUGUAAUGACUUCCAGCAAAAACUUCUUUCUCAGAAAAUCCUUACUGAUGAGCUCAAGGAAAAAAUGCACCUAGUGGAAAAUGAAACAGACAAAAAGCUGGCUGAAGCUGAGGACAAAUACAACAACGAGCUGGACGCCUUCGAGCGUGAGGUGGAGCUGAUGAGAAACCAGCGGGAGACAGCAGAUCAAAGGGUGGCAGAGCUGGCUAAAGACCUACUGGAAAUAGAGCAACAGCUAUCAAAGGCCAAAACACAAAGCAAAGACAUGAGGGCUCAAAAUGAAUCCAUGUGCAAAGCCAUGGCUGCUCUGCAGAAUGACCGAGACCAGCUCAUUGAAGACUUCAAGAUCCUGAGAAACAGAUAUGAUGAAGAACUCAGAGAAACUCAAGCAGCCUUGAACAAGGUUGAGCGCAGUCUGCAGGAUGCCAUGUCUGACUUGGCGAUGUUUGCUAAAGAGAGGGACAUCCUUGUUCAAAAAUUAAAAGCUUUAGAGAGCAAAGACUCACACACAGAGCUGAGCAAUCUGUUGGAUCAGCUGUCAAAGGAUUUGUCAGAGAAGGAAAGGGACCUGAAGCAGGUCGUCCUGGAGAAUAAUAUGUACAGCAGACAGCUGUCUGCGUUCUCCAGGUCCAUGGCCAGCCUCCAAAAUGAUCGUGACCGGCUGAUGGAUGAGUUGGCUGGGGCCAAAAGAGCGGUUGAGUCUAGGCAAGGGUCAAGCCCAGAGACUGUCACCUCUGUGAGUGUGGAAAAGUCAAAAGAAAGUGGUGUCAGUGCUCUCCAGAAUGAAAAAGAAGGGCUGGAGGCAAGGCAGAAUAUGGAUGAACUACAGCAAACCGUAAAGACGAUGCAAACUUACAGAAUGCCACCUGAAAAUGAAAUCAGCAGCUACAAGGAAGAAACAACAGAUCUGAGGUCUGACACAGAGAGGACGGACACACUGCCAGUUGCGGAACCAGUUGUGUUGGCAGGUCAGAGUGGAAUGGACAAGGUGGUGAGUAGGUUGGAGGCAGAGAGGAUCCAGCUCCACAGAGAUCUGCAGCGCUGUAUGUAUGAGAUCCAACAACGAGACCACUACUUCCAGCAACUCAACCUGAAGCUCCAGCAGGCAGUAGAGGAGAAAGGUGCUGUUGCAGAUCAGCUGAGGGCUGUUUCCCAAUCCCUGAGGGACACCCAGAGUCGCUGCCACUGGCUGGAAAACCAAGUCCAAGGCCAGACUCAGGGGUUAGUAUGUGCUGAGGUUGCACCUGGAGCCCCUCAGGAGAGGAGCAACAACUCCAUGACUGCUGAAACUGCUGAAGCCUGUCAGCUCAGAGAAAGGCUGCUUGAGUUGGAGCAGAGUCUGACAGAUGAGAGAGCGAGAAGAGAGACAGCUGAGGAGGCUCUUCGUCUUGCUGAGGACAGAGCAAAGAGUGUUGGUUCCAGUGUGUCUAGAGACAGUCAGAGGGACUUCAGUAUCGACAUGGAGACAGAAGAGGAGUGGGACGCUCUCAGUCUCAACCCAAACCAGCCUCUAAUAACACGAAAGGUGAAAGGUGGCAUGGUGGUGUGUCGACGGUGGCUCAGAGGGAGGAGCCUCUACUUUUCCAGGCUGCUGACGAGCCGCGCCCGCUCUAGAUAUUUCUUUCUGGCCUACUUGCUCACAAUACACGUGCUUGUCCUCAUGUGCCUCACUGGUGCCCUGUAGCCAGGUCACACUGGGAAAUUACACAAAUUGGCUCAAGGUGAAAACUGAAAGCUGAAGUCAAGGUUUUUUUUGUUUGUUUGUUUUUUAGCUAACAGCAUUUUAAUAUCCUCUCUUUAUUGUAAAGCAUUGUGAAACACUAAAAGUGGCACACUUAAAGCAGUGGGAGAGGCUCUCCAUACUCUUGUCAGAUCACACCUGUCCUCUCUCAUGUUGCCAGGAUAAUAUGAUGAUGUUUAGGUUACCUGCUCAAUACAUGAUAGUGCAGUUUGCAGUUAGAUGGAUCUGAACCGCAGCAAGGCAGUUGACUACAUUUUAAAAGAUUUCAGAUUAAAUUCUCCACAAAAUAUAAUUUAAUGUAAUCUUCAUUUAUUUGUAGUUAUUUUUUGUAAGACUGAACACAGUGAGUUUCUGUUAAACAACUAUUUUUUUUUCUUUCUCUAAACCAAGCCUUAAAGUACGUGUGUGUGUGUGUGUGUGUGUGUGUGUGUGUGUGUGUGUGUGUGUGUGUGUGUGUGUGUGUGUGCGCGCACGUGUUGGGCGUACCUACAGUUUGUUCUUUUUAAAUCCUGAUUAGAAACGAGUUUAAAAAAAUUUAAUCUUUAAUACAAAUCGUUAAACUGAUGGAGUAGAAGAAGAAUGACUUCAGUUCAAUGUAACCCUCUAAUGUAAAAGCAUAAGAAGGUGCAGAAAGCCAUAUACAUUCUUAACACUAUAGUGUAAACCUUGUUUUAUAAUCUUAUCACCUCUCCACCCUGUUUCCCUUCCUGAGCUGGAAACAAACAUGCAAACAUCCCGUCAGUGACCGCAGUGCAUCCCAAUCACAAAUGUCUGCACCAGCUGCUGCUUUCUUUUGCCUGCCUGGUUUCAUACCUUGCACAUAAUCGUGAUGCUGAGUUAAAACUAUGCACUGAAGCUCCAAAUGUGUAUAUAAUCAUCUUAUAUAAGCUCAGAAGCACUACACCUCUCCCACCCUGUUCCCUUUAAACUGCAAAGCCAAUGGUGUCUGUAUCCUUACCUUGGCAGUUUGAAUUAAGUGCUCUCAUGCCUGUUAAAGAUAGUGGGAGACAGUGGUUUCCAUAUAUCUUUAAAUUUACUUUGGUAUCAUGGUAUACCAGUGAAAAUGUACUGCAAAAACAAAGCAGAUGAUAAGAAAGUACAUACUGUGUGUAGUAAAGGUUUAUUGUAUUUAUGUUUGCAUUUUCAGAGAGUAUGCUGUACAGUAUCUGUAAUGGACUGUAUGUAUGUAUAUAUGCAUUUCUAUCCUCCCUGCCUGAUCUUUGAUGACUGCAUUUCUUCUUGAUUGUUUAGUCUGAAAAUGUGAUUGAUAAAAAAGAAGGUGUAAAAACACAAUCUGCAAUCCUGUCUCCAGAUGUUUUCUGGCUUGUUAAAUCAUCAGAUUUUGUAGAAAUGCACAGUUGCUGAGGAGUUUGUGGUACAUUGUCCUAAUACUCUGUACAUAAAGCUGUGAUUGAUGGACAAAACAAUGAACUGAAUCUAUUUAUGAAAAAGGUUAACUACUGAAAAAAUGUUCAGAUGGCAUAUUUUCUCUACUGCCUCUAUUUUUAAGAGAUAGCGAUGCUGUUGGCCUUUUGGUGACUUUAGGCUUAACUUGGUGCAAUACUGUGUCAGAGGUGAACUUUGUCAGAUCACCCUAAACCAUCUCGAAAGAAGUUUAAUAAAGCCUAUUGAACUUA